CGGCAUGUUAACGCAGGUUUAGAAAAUUGCCACUUUAGGUAAUUCAAAAGGAGAAACUGGAUACGUCACAUUCAGAUCAAAUGCACCCUCGAUACUGCAGUUUGAAGUCCUCAACGUAUUAUUUUCUUCAUGUCGAACAACCAACAUCUUCCAUUGCAAGCUAAUCAGCCGCCAAAUGACCAAGCACCACCGCAAGAUUCCUUUGUGCCCAUGAAUAUGCAGAACAAUAUGGCGCCACAACCACCCUCAACCAUGCCUGUACCCCCACAAUCAAGUAUUCCUCUUGGCCAGCCCUCCACCGCCCAAGUGAUACCAGACUCAUCCAACCCUUACAACUAUUCCGUCAACCAAGCUUCAUAUAACCAAGCUACCCCCGCAUCUGGCUUGCAUGAACCAAUCUCCGCAGCGCCUGGUGGCACUAGCGAUACGGAUCCUCAGCUCACAAAGAUCACGUCAAGCUUCAGUUUCGCGACUGGUUUCGUGCAAGAAAAGCUAGGGUCCAUCAUUGGAAGUGACGAGAUGGUGCAUACUGGAAAAUCUACUCAAGAUAAAGCAAAUCAAGACUGGGCAGAUGCUGAUAAUAAGCGAAAGAGUGGGGUGCCUAGUCGAAUUGGUGGAGAAUACGAAAGUAUAAUGGGCACUAUCAUGCAAAAAGUUGGCUACGUGGCUGGGGAUCCAGAGAUGGAAGCUAGAGCAGCAUUGAGAGCCCAACAAGGCCGAGAAGAGGUUUCUAAGGUUACAGGAGACCGACCAUAUUAGACAUGGGGUUUAAUUUGAUAUAUAUAAAUAAAUGCAAAGGUGAUUCGAUAACCAGUGUUCAUGUUGGAAGAGUUUAAUUGAUGCGAGCUUGGUUGGUUG